CCCCUUCAGAUGGGGUGGUGGUGAAAAAGGAUGGUGAGGAGAGCUUGUGGCAUGGCCAGGGAUGUGGGGUCUAAAACCCAAAUCUUACAACUGUGAAAAAUGUGGGAAUGACUUUGUCAGCCGUACAGCUCUGAGGUACCAUUUUAGAGCUAAACAUCUUGGGAAAGUUCACUGCCAAACUUGUGGCACAGAAGUUUUGAGAGCAAGUCCUCAGCACCAUGAGAAGACUGACCAUGAACAGACACAGACUAGCAAUCAGGAAAGGUGCUGGAAUAUGACAUUUCAAAGGGAAAUAAAAUUUGUGGCUAUGGAAACAUCUACAUCCUGUAGAAUGUGCUCCAAGCAAUUUGGAACAGUCCAUGGCAGGGAACACCAUGAGAAACAAGAGCAUCACUUCACUGCGAGCAAAAGAGCUCAAAUGUCCACUGGAUUCAAACCUGAAAACGUCUUGGAGUAUAGAACACCAAUAGAACUAGAGAGAUUUUUGGAAGCAAAACUCCGACCCAUCUCAGGCCCUACAAGGCUAGCCUGUGCAUCAGAAAUAGACAGAAUGAUUGCCUUGAUCAAAGACAGCUUUCCCUUGUCAAUAGCUUUUGUUAUCAAGGGUGGUUCAUAUAUAAAAGGAACUGAUACACAAGAUUGGUCUGAUCUGGACAUAGUUAUUUUUAGCAACGCCUUUGAAGAUUUAGAAGACUGCAAAAGGAGAAUUCCAGAAGUCCUAGAAGAGCUGAGAGAGAGACUGAUAAAAUCUUCAUUGGCAAACAGGCUAGUCUUGCAGAAAAGGACACCAUUUUCCUUGAGGUUCUAUUUUAAAUGUUAUAAAGAUCACCAUGGCCAUUCAUUUGAUGUCCUACCUUGUUAUGAUACGUUUGGGCCUGCAUUAUCAAGAGGUUUAAAAGAGAGCUUUUACCACAAGCUCUACCUCUGCAAUGACAGUGAUCUAAUCCAGCUGUACACGAUGGCCCUGUUGAAGUACCAAGUUGAAUUUGUCAAGGCAUCAACCGAGAGAGUGAAGGACCUCAUGCGUUUAGUCAAGCACUGGUUCAAAACCUCAUUUGCAAAACCAACCAAGGAAAAUAAGUUUCGCAGGCUUCCCUCUUCCUAUGCUAUGGAACUUAUCACUAUCCAUGUCUGGGAGCUGGCUGGGAAACCAAUCUUUUUCAGCUUUGUCCAGGGGAUGAGAGCUGUCCUAAAGCUUUUAGUUAGAUAUCAAGACAUCUGCAUCAUAUGGCACAAACAUUACAGAUCAAAUUCUACAGUUUUCCAAAAGGUGAUUUUGAAGCAAACCAGGCCACUUGUUUUGGAUCCUGCUAAUCCAAACUUGAACAUAUGUGAGAACAGCAAUGCCUGGGAUGAAGUAGCUCAUGUGGCACAACAAAGCCUCCUGAAGCCACUCUUCAAUGGGGUGCAAGCAAAAGAGCCCUGGCUAUUUACAAAUAACUGGUGAAACCAAGCAAGCCUUUGUCUAUAGAAAUUGGCUUCCAGCUUUGAAGCACUGCAAUAGGGAAACCCCAGCGUGAAAACACAAAUGGAAACUGAGAGGCAAAUUACACACUGAAGCUAUUCUCGCGUGCAGUGGCAACUGGGCUAAGGGAGCCCAGCCUGGUUCCCACUGUGUGUGAGAACUGCCGGGAGCUGCUCGGCUCCCAGCGGCACACAGCAGUAAACCCUCUGGGGUAGCCCACUGUUUAACCCGAGUUUCAGGUGCAGGAGCACCUGGAAAGCAAGUUCCUGGAUUGUGUGUCACAGCAGCGCAGCUCCACGCCACAAUGACUCACAAGUAGCUUUCCAACCGGGAGGCUACAACAAGCCUCCCGGCGUCGGGAGGUUCCCCAAAAGACACCACGCACUUGCGCAGUGCCUUAUGGGACUCCCAGGGGCCAGGACCCCGCUACCCCAAUUGGCUCCAUGACAGAGCCAGUAAUCGUCAGCCGCCCAGGGAGGGCUCCCUGAUCGCCUGCAGGGAGAACCACUGGGGUCCAACCCUUCCGGCUCUACACACAGAUCGUGUGUAGUGCCUUAUUAUGUGUCUGCUAUGUGUAAUGAAACCCCAGUGGCUUCUCAUUUGUAAAGCAUCUGUGGGAGGAUAGGAUUGGCCUGGAGUCUCCAGAAACUAGCAUCCAUCUCUGUUGGAUUAUUGAAAGCAGUCCUGGAGAAUUUAAUGGCUCAAUAUUGUGAAAAAUAUUGGAAAACAAUAUUGAGGGGGGGGGAUCUCCAGGAAUAGGUUCAUUCAGAGCUAGCAACCUUAGGGAGGGAAUAGUUUGAAGCAGAGAAGCAGCUGAGGUGAAGGGAGGGGUUGAUCAUUUUGCCAGUCUUAUUUUCAGUGGAACCCUCCCCUAUAAUCUUUAUAAGUCUGAGGGGUUCUAGCCCUACACUUGCAAGGCAAACAUUGGCUUGGACCAUUGGCAGAGAGAAAAGCAGUUUUGGAAGGUGGAGGAGAGUUUCAGAGGAAAGGGGAAAGCAGAUAAAAGAUUAAACACCCUUGAGCCUUCUCUGAUGCAAAUCUCUCCAUCUCUUGAGGGCACUUUGGAAGAAAGAAGGGGCCACUGGGGCCUGAUGAUAUGGGGGCUGCAGUGUGCAAGGUGACAUUUUCUCCUGACAUAGGACUUGCUUGUCUGUAUUCAUUAUUUGUUGAAUAACAACCCAUUCAGCAUCCUUUUUCAAUAAAAUGAACAAAGAUCAGCACUGAUCAGCUACUGAAAAUUUCUGUAAGUGUGUUUUCUGCUCUGAAAGGAGAAACCAAAAGACAAGGCUUGCAUUUAAGUUUUUGUGUUUUUAAAAAGUUGGAGCAAAGGUUGGAACA